GAGGUAUUGAUGCAUUUUGCUGGAAUCAAUGAGCUGAUCAACCAAGGAUGGCCAAUAUCAGAAGAACGUUUAGCUGAAUUUUUUGGUGAGAAACAAUUUGAUGAUCCAUCGAAAUUACGUCAAACGCUACUCGAUAGUGACAUCCGUGAAUAUGGCGUUACGGUAUUGAUGGAUCGUGUUGAUUAUCGUAUUGGCGAGUUGAAGGGUCCAGUUGUGGUUCAGAUAUCGAAAUUGCUGAAUGUUUCGUGCUCCAAACUAUCGCAGUCCAGUCGUUCCGGCAGUGAUGGUCUCUACAAAAUUCAGUUGACCGAUGGGCAUUCGACGAUUAAUGCGGUGCAAUUCGAUCCAAUUCCAACGUUGACAAAAGAAUUUGUUAAACUUGUUGUUGUGAUUAUGCUGGUUGUUGACGGUAUGGGUGUUUUGAUAUGA